AUGCCUACUCACGCAUACUAUGGAUCCUGCCGUGUCUCAAAGCGGCCCCCAACUUGGAGGAGCCGCAACGAGCGCCGCAAUGGCACCGAUAGUUGGACUCCCGACAAGGAUUCCAGGAGUGAGAGGGGAGACUCCAAGGACGGGAGAGACAGGCAAGAUAACCACAGAGACCGUACAGGUGAGCGAGAGGACUCCAGGAACGGUAGAAACAGGCGGGAUCGUAGAGGUGAGCGAGAGGACACCAGAGAUGAGAGGGAAGACUCGGUGCACAACAACUAUGGCCGUGUCAACAACAACUACAACAUCAACAUCAGAUCCUUUGGCGACAACGACCGGAGCAGGCACUGGAACGGCAACGUCCUGCGAGAUCGCAACUUCAACACUUAUGUCCGCAACAGACCUCGACGGGACCGAUUCGAUAACAGAAGAUAUUCCCCUGCGUUAAGUAGCCGUCAAAGUUCUAGACGCACCUCGUUUUCAUCAAGGACUCGUUCGUGGGUUACUUCUGACUCGAAUACCAAUUCGUUCUCAGAUCGGCCUGUUGAUUCUAUCGAAACCCCACGAGGGGGUGAGGAUACUGAUGAGACAGGUAGAAGAGAACGUGAUGACGGAGACGAUGAGUACUAUGGCGCUCGUCAAGCUUACCGUGACAUUAGCAGAGGUGAUGUAGUUCAGGGCCGCAUGCGCCCGACUGACCGGGUUUGCGACGAGAGCGAACUCAGACUCGGUGCCAUCAUCUCAACAGCCAUCCACAACCAAGCUCGCGAGGACACAGUAGCCAUCGACGAGUUCAACAAGUCCCUCUCCGGCUUUGGCAUCGUCUACUCCAAGUAUCGCAAGCUGAUAGUCGUGGAGGAAUGGGCCCAGCACGUCGUCUGCAUACCGCUGUACACAUACAACGGCCGAGGCCUCGCAGGCCGAGAGGCUCUGGCCUGCGAGUACUUUGACGUGCGCGAUGUUGGCGACCCGGACCCGGAGAGCGGGGAUACAUUCUGUACCCUCAUGGCAGUCCGUGAUAGGGAGUGGCCUAUGGAGAACACCUUUAUCGAGGGCCGUACCGUGGCCAAGGUGACUGAGAAGAUUACUUUCUAUAGGACUAACAAGUGCUCGAUCGAGGGUAGGAUUGAUCAGGAGAGCCUCAGCACACUGAUCCCACCUUACCUUAGGUCGUCAACUAACCCACUGGCCAAGUUCUUGUCCCGUAGCCAAUCUAACAGCCCAGCUGAUAGUCCAACUGAUGACGCAGCAUCAGAGAAAGAGGAAGGGGAGAUAUAA